UUACUGCGCAUGCUCCGUGUAGUAGCCGGGUUAUGGCGGCGGUGUGUGUUCGUCCAUGAGGUGGAGGGACGCCUGCUGUUGCUGCUAGUCUGACGGUCUGUGACAGAAAGCGAAGCGAGAUCCGAGCGAAGAAACACGCUGCCAUGGCUGGAGUGUUUGACAUUGACUUGGACCAGCCGGAGGACAAUGUCUCCGACGAUGAGAAUGAGGAGAUUCAAAUCGGUGAUAUCAUGGACCAGUGCAGUGGAUUUGAGUUCAACAUGGACGACUGUGAGAAGAUCGAGAUAUCGGAGGACAACGUCAACCAGGGGACGGAGAACAUCAGACCGGAGUGCUUCGAGCUGCUGCGGGUCCUGGGGAAAGGUGGUUAUGGAAAGGUUUUUCAAGUUCGAAAAGUUGUCGGAGCUGCAUCGGGCAAAAUAUUUGCAAUGAAAGUUUUAAAAAAGGCUAUGAUUGUACGCAACGCCAAGGACACAGCCCACACCAAGGCAGAGAGGAACAUCCUUGAGGAGGUGAAGCAUCCCUUCAUUGUUGAUCUCAUCUACGCCUUCCAGACAGGAGGGAAGCUGUAUCUCAUCCUGGAGUACCUGAGUGGAGGAGAACUGUUCAUGCAGCUGGAGAGGGAGGGCAUCUUCAUGGAGGACACAGCCUGUUUCUACCUGGCAGAGAUCUCUAUGGCUCUGGGUCACCUGCACCAGAAGGGCAUCAUCUACAGAGACCUGAAACCUGAGAAUAUCAUGCUCAACAACCAUGGCCAUGUAAAGCUGACAGACUUUGGACUGUGUAAAGAGUCAAUUCACGACGGCACAGUCACUCAUACUUUCUGCGGUACCAUUGAAUACAUGGCCCCAGAGAUCUUGAUGAGAAGCGGACACAACAGAGCGGUGGACUGGUGGAGUCUGGGCGCUCUGAUGUACGACAUGCUCACAGGAGCGCCGCCGUUCACUGGUGAAAACCGAAAAAAGACCAUUGACAAGAUCCUGAAGUGUAAGCUCAGCCUCCCACCCUACCUCACACAAGAAGCAAGAGAUCUCCUGAAACGGUUGCUGAAGAGGAACGCCUCGUCGCGGCUCGGAGCGGGAGCGGGAGACGCCACAGAGGUUCAGGCUCAUCCCUUCUUCAGACACAUCAACUGGGAGGAUUUACUGGCUCGGAAAGUGGAGCCCCCCUUCAAACCUUUCCUGCAAUCAGCUGAAGACGUGAGUCAGUUCGACUCGAAGUUCACCAGUCAGACGCCAGUCGACAGCCCGGAUGACUCGACCCUCAGUGAAAGUGCCAAUCAAGCCUUCCUGGGUUUCACGUACGUCGCUCCGUCAGUCCUGGAUAACAUCAAAGAAAAGUUCUCAUUUGAGCCAAAAAUCCGCUCUCCUCGACGGAUCGUAGGCAGCCCAAGAACACCUCUCAGCCCAGUCAAAUUCUCAGGGGGGGACUGCUGGGCCCGGAGCCCCCUUCUAGGACCGAGUGUCGUCCAAUCACCUCAGGACCAGGCCAUGGAGCUGUCCACCCCGGAACAGAUGGACGUCUCGACGAACUCCGAAGCCUCGGCCCCUCUUCCCAUCCGCCAGCCCACCGGGGCCAACAUGGGUCAGAUGAAGCAGCAAGCCUAUCCCGUCGUGGCCAAACGGCCCGAGCAUUUACGUAUGAACCUAUGACCCACCGCGCCUCUUUAGGAGAGUUUAUUUCUGGACUCUUUUUUUCUUUUUGUUGAUAUUUUUUAAGAAACAAAGCAAAAAGAUAUGGAUGCUAGAGACAAUUCAAAUCCAAAAUUGCACAUCCGCACACUCCACAUACUGUCACAACCUGGAGUUUGCAGUGUUGCAGUUUAAGUGCUACCGAUGACAUCACCGCCUCGCCACUUCUCCUCCGACACCUCAGGUCUCAUGACCUUUGUCUCCCUUUCUGAACUGGACUAGUAGGACUGGAAACCCCUUUUCGAGGAGCCACAGCCUUUUUGUGCGACCUGGAAAUCAAAGGCGAUAACGUAUCACACAGUAUGCAAGCGAUUUAAAAUGCGGUCGGUCUGCUGUACGGGAUGACGUCCGAAGUGCUUUGUGCUAUUUUGAGUGAAUGCUAGUGAGGCAGAUUGCUUCCAUUGGGAGAUUUUGACAGUUGUUCUUAGACAAAAAAAUGCUUCCUGGCUCUGAAUGAAAUUAUAUUAAUUAGGUUUAUUAUUGAAAAAGAUUAUUGUGAGCAGCGGACAAGCAGAGGUUCUGGUAUUGAUGAAUAUAGCUUUAUGUCUUAUGGUGUUUUACAAAAUGGGAUGCAUUAACUGUGCUAUACAUCAAUGAUGAAUCAGAGAGCCUAAAUUAAACAAGAAAAAAAACACA